CCUGACACUUUACAGGCCGCCCGGGUAUUAAGACCAUUGACUCACCAAUUUAGCAAGUACUACCUACCUGUCCUAGACUCUACAAUAUCUCGCCUCACUUCACCACUCUGCAAUUCGAGGUUAGGACCGGGACGGUAGCGCCGAUAACAGCAUGGCCGCAAACGUCAACGCCGCGGCUCUUGACGAGUCGCCGAUUCCCGAGCCUGUCCAGAAGCAGCAAAAGCAGACCAUUGACCCGUACAAUGUCUCCGGCGAAGUUGGCGAGGACGGCGUGGUCAAGGCCAUCGACUACAACAAGCUAGUCGACGAGUUCGGCACCAAGAAGAUCGACGACGAGUUGCUCGCCCGUUUCGAGCGCGUGACCGGGAAGCGCCCACAUCACUUCCUUAGGAGAGGCAUUGUCUUCUCACACAGAGACUUCGAGUUGAUUCUCGACCGCUAUGAGCGCGGCGAGCCCUUCUUCCUGUACACGGGCCGCGGGCCCUCAUCCGACAGUGUACAUGUGGGGCAUACGAUCCCGUUCGAGUUUACAAAGUGGCUUCAGGAUACCUUCGAUAUGCCUCUCAUCAUCAUGUUGACGGACGACGAGAAGUAUCUGUUCUCCGAGAAGCGAACGGUCGAGGAAGUCCAGGGGUACUGCAACAGCAACUCCAAGGAUAUCAUUGCUAUUGGCUUUGACCCAGCGAAGACAUUCAUCUUUUCUGAUUUCGACUAUGUCGGCGGCGCCUUUUACAGGAAUAUCGUCCGUUUGUCGAAGCACAUCACGCUCAACCAGGCUCGCGCCAUUUUCGGAUUCAACGAGAGCAGCAAUAUUGGGCGGAUUCACUUCGGCAGCGUUCAAGGGGCGACAAGUUGGGCGUCAUCAUUCCCGCAUAUCUUCGGCGAAGACGAGACCAAGACCGUCGGGAUACCGGCGCUCAUUCCCUGCGCCAUCGACCAAGAUCCGUAUUUCCGUAUGACACGGGAUGUGUCGGCAAGGUUAAAGUUCCAGGGGAAGCCCUACGCCAAGCCAUCACUCAUCCAUUCCCUCUUCCUCCCGGCUCUUCAGGGGCCUGGCACGAAGAUGUCCGCAUCGAUCGAUGAGUCCGCAAUCUUCAUGAAGGAUACCCCCAACCAGAUCAAGAACAAGAUCAACAAGUUCGCCUUUUCGGGCGGCAAGGUGUCGGUUGAGGAACACCGAAACCUUGGGGGUGACACCAGCGUCGAUGUGGCGUUCCAGUACCUCCGCUUCUUCCUCGAAGAUGACGAAGAGCUGGAGAGGAUCAGGGUGUCGUACGAGAAGGGGGAGAUGCUGACCGGCGAACUAAAGGCCAUCUGCAUCAAGGAGCUGCAAACGUAUGUUGCCGCUUUCCAGGAGAGGAGAGCCAAGGUGGACGACGCAACGGUCAAGGAGUUUAUGGAGAGGCGGCCGCUGAAGUGGGGAGGCAACCCCCGCGCGACGAUAGUCGUUCCCACGAUCGAGAACGGGGAUGCUGGUGAGGCCGGGGAAGGGGAUGGGAAGAUGACCAAGAACCAGCUCAAGAAGCUCGAGAAGAUUAAGCAAGCCGAGGCCAAGAAGGCGCAGAAGGCGAAGGAGAAGGCGGAACAAGCAGCGGCGAAGGCGGCAUAGAUUUCGGGCUCGGUAAGAGGUUUGUCGGACCACGUAGACUCGAUCUUUGGCGCCAAAUGUGACCAUCUCAGCGAGUUGAGCGAGCAAAUAGACUUGCAAGUUACGGCCGGGUCACGGUUCAGGAGAU